GUCAAAUGCUCAAAUCCCUCUCUCCCUCCGCCCGUCGCUCUCCCUCUCCCUCUCAAUCCUCUGUCACAAUUUGCCAAUUCCCAUGUUCUUGACCUUUCCCAGUUGAACCAUUUUGAAUUUUCUCUUACCCAUUUCCAUUUCUUCACAAAAAAUUCCUUAUCCUCUUCAUACUCUCCACACUAUGCUCUCUUCUCCCCUCACCCUCCCAUUCCCACCUGGGUUCACUUAGAUUUUCCCGCCCCUACAUCUCUGUUUCACCAUGAAUUCCACAUGGAAGAAGCUCAAACUAGCUCUCGGCUUCAAUAUGUGCCUCUAUACCCCUCCAAAUCCCCCCGAUUCCUUGCCUUCCAUGCCUUCUAGGUUCUCCGACGCCGCCGCGCCGUCUAAUUUGCUUUCUCAGGCCAGUUUUAUCUCCGAUUGCCACCCGCCGACGACACCCACUUCGUCCUCUUCCGGUCUCCGCCUCUCCAAAUCCUCAACCAGAUCCUCCAAGAGGACAUGUGCAAUUUGUCUGACUGCUAUGAAGCCAGGGAAGGGCCAUGCUAUCUUCACUGCUGAGUGUUCCCACUCGUUUCAUUUCCAUUGCAUCACUUCAAAUGUUAAGCAUGGAAACCAAAUUUGCCCAAUUUGCAGAGCCAAAUGGAAAGAGAUUCCUCUCCAAAGCCCUGCUUCUGAUCUUCCCAAUGGAAUGAUGAGAUUCAACCAAAUUGAUUGGUCUCGAGAUGACUCGUGGAUGACCGUUUUAAGAAGGGUUCGUCCCGCACCGAUCGAUGCGCCUAGGCCGAUAGCCUCUCAGUCUCAUGGACCUGAGCCAGAUCUGUUUGAUGAUGAUGAAGUCCUAGAUCAUCAGCCUGUUAUCCCUGAUGAAGGAACACCUUUUGUAGAUGCUGUUGAUAGUUCUAUUGGAACAAUUGAGGUUAAGACAUAUCCUGAAGUUUCCGCUGUUGCUCGAUCUGCAGUUCACGAUAAUUUCACUGUAUUAGUGCAUAUCAAAGCUAGUCUUACGAGUCAGAGCCAACGUUGUCGUGAAACUCCGAUCCCUUUUCCUCCGUCUCGAAGUUCUCGUGCUCCAGUCGACCUUGUUACAGUGCUUGAUAUCAGUGGGAGCAUGGCUGGUACUAAGCUUGCGUUGCUAAAACGAGCAAUGGGCUUUGUGAUACAGAACCUCGGCCCCUCGGAUCGACUUUCAGUAAUAUCAUUCUCCUCUACAGCACGACGCGUCUUUUCUCUUCGUCGGAUGACUGAGAGUGGACAACAACAGGCAUUACAAGCUAUUAAUUCUUUGGUUUCAAAUGGUGGAACAAACAUUGUUGAUGGCUUAAAGAAAGGGACCAAAGUAUUAUUGGAUAGGAAGUGGAAGAAUCCUGUUUGUAGCAUUAUGCUACUUUCAGAUGGUCAGGACACAUAUACGUUUGGCAUGGGUAGUUCACGUUCCGAAACCGACUAUCUGUCGCUUCUACCAGUAGCAAUCCGCCGUAAUAACAACACAGCAUUGCAGAUACCAGUGUAUUCAUUCGGGUUCGGCACCGACCAUGAUGCUACAGCAAUGCACGCUAUCUCCGAGAUUUCAGGGGGGACGUUUUCCUUUGUCGAAGCAGAAGCUACAAUCCAGGACGCAUUUGCUCAGUGCAUUGGAGGGCUCUUGAGUGUUGUUGUGCAAGAGCUUCAGGUUAGAAUUGAAUGUGUUCAUCCUAGUUUGCAGCUCGGUUCAUUGAAAGCAGGAAAUUACCGAUCAAACAUCGACGCAGACUCGAGAAUUGGCACUAUAAAUGUGGGAGACUUGUAUGCUGAAGAAGAACGAGACUUUUUGGUGACAAUUAAUGUACCUUAUGGUGAUUCUAUUGAUGAGAUGUCAUUGCUCAAAGUCAAAUGUGCUUACCGAAAACCGAUCGCAAACGAAACAGUGACGUUAGAAGACAUUGAAGAAGUGAAGAUAAAAAGGCCAAAUGCUAUCGGAGAACAAUCUGUGUCGAUAGAAGUCGACAGGCAACGCAAUCGUAUACACGCCCUCGAGUCAAUGGCCAAGGCUAGAGUUGUGGCCGAGCGUGGUGAUUUGGCCAAUGCAGUCUCUAUCUUGGAGAGCUGUUAUAGAGCAGUAUCAGAAACUAUCUCAGGACAAGCUGGUGAUCAUUUGUGCACAGCACUUUGUGCCGAGUUAAAGGAGAUGAAGGAAAGAAUGGAAAACCGACGCAUCUACGAGGCAUCAGGAAGGGCGUAUGUUCUAUCAGGACUAAGCUCACAUUCAUGGCAGCGAGCCACGGCUCGUGGCGAUUCAACACACAACACGAGCCUUGUGCAAGCUUACCAAACCCCAUCAAUGGUAGACAUGUUGACACGGUCUCAAACCAUGAUAGUAGGGAACCCGACACCACGACCCCAAAGAACACUCCGCCCUACCAUGACGUUUCCUGCACGAACUCGUCAACGGUAAACAACGGUACGAUCUGAAACUUCAUCCUGCCUGCCUUUUUGCUUUCUUUUUUUCUUUUGUGUUGUGUUAUUCAUCCUUUGGUGGGUAUACUUGCUUGUUGUAAGUUGUAAAUGAAAAAGAAUUGGGGGUGAAAUAUGUAAUGUUUGGAGAGAUUGGUUUACUCUAAGUGUGAUUUUGGUUGGUGGUAUAGAAGUGAAUUAUGGGGAUAAGUAUAAUGAGUUUAUCACUAUGGUAUAAUACUGCUCCUAAUUCUUUUCCAA